UUUCUUGUCACAGUUUACCGCGUCCAUUGGCUUCGGACUAUGGCAUUGCGGGAUCGUUGGGCGGAGGAACUGCUGCUGGUCGGUAGAGAAAUGACAUGGACAGUUCAAUUCUUCAUUCAUAAAUCCGAGCAAUGGGUUGGCCGAAUGCAAGAGGCCGACGCAAAUAACAUGAUCGGCCACCGGUGCUAUGCCGCCCGACAGGCCCAGAUUUAUCUCCGACUCUCACAACAUGCGCAAGACAGCUUUGAAAGAACAAAAGGGGUAGCUCAGGGUGGCAGAGUGACAGGGGUCCACAUACGGCCACAACCGCAUUUGGACAAUGGGAAACGUCACAUUAGAUCAGUCACAAGUACAAUGCCGAUUCCUAUAAAUAUCGCCAUCCUUCAUUGA